AUGUCUCUCCCGGGUCUUGACCUUGCCCAAACUUCCGUGGAAACGGAGUUCACCCCCGCACCGCCAACCCAAGUCAGUCUGGCCAGAGGGUCAGAAUGGAGGUUUGAAGUCGCCCAUGGGACGACAGUGAGAGUCAAGCUCCUAGCCGGCACUGCAGAACUCUUCGGCACCGAACUCGCCGCCUCCCAAACCUACACCUUCUCCGGCACUAAAGCCGCAAUCUACACAUGGCACGGCUGCACCUUGGAAAUCAGCGCCGGAGAUACGAUCGAUGGUCUUGUAAAUGGAGGAGCCACUGCUACUGCCACGGGUACUAGCACUGGUUUCCCUGGUCUCGGUGGCCCGACGCGCGGAUACGGCGCAGGUGGGUGCCAGAGCGAAUAUGUAGCAGAGGAGACGCCGAUGGUGGAAUACGCAAACGUGCACUUUGCGCUGGAGACACUACGACAAGAAGCUAAGGCUACAGGGAAAGAUGGCCCGCGGGUUCUGAUCGUUGGUCCCGAGAACGCGGGCAAGACGAGUGUCGCGAAGAUUCUGACUGCGUAUGCGACCAAGAUGGAGCGCCAGCCACUCGUAGUUAAUGUGGACCCGACGGAGGGUAUGCUGAGUGUUCCUGGGACGUUGACGGCGACUGCAUUUCGGACGAUGAUUGAUGUCGAGGAGGGAUGGGGGAAUAGUCCGAUGUCUGGGCCGAGUCCAGUGCCGGUUAAGUUGCCGUUGGUGUAUUUCUAUCCAUCGCAGAAUCCGUUGGAGAAUGAGGGCGCGCUGUAUCGGCCUGUUUUGUCGAGAUUGGCGUUGUCGGUUACGGGGAGGAUGGCGGAGGAUGAAGAUGUGCGUGAGACGGGGAUUAUUGUUGAUACGCCUGGGGUUCUGGGGCAUGGAAGGCCGGGGAGUUUGGAGGUGAUCAAUCAUAUUGUCACGGAGUUUUCCAUAACUACAAUCCUCGUCCUCGGCUCCGAACGCCUCUACAGCUCCAUGCUCAAAUCUUACGAUAACAAACCCACCUCCUCCGCCUCGGCAGCCGCUUCCGACGAACGCAUCUCCGUUAUCAAACUUCCCAAAUCAGGCGGCUGCGUCGACCGCGACGCCGCAUUCAUGAAGGGCGUCCGCGAAGCAGCCAUCCGGUCAUACUUUUUCGGAAACCCCAUUCCCUCAACUGCAUCUACGGCACUGUCACUAUCAUCUGCGUCUUCGACGACCAAUAUCACGCUUUCCCCGCAUGCGCAGCAGCUGGAUUUCAAUUCUAUGGCUGUUUAUAACGUCGCUGGGGCGGAAGAUGAGGAUGAGGAUGAUUAUGAUCCCUCGCAGCUGGAGUCGUUAUUGCCAGGUGGUGGAAUAAAUGAUUACCCCGGAACUCAAUCUCAGCCUGAAGAAAGCACCUCCACACCAGUUCUCCCGGGUACAACACCAACCCCAGUACCAGCCCCAACAACACCCUACGACCCAGCAGCAACAACCACCACCUCUACAACCCCCUCCCCCAACGAAAACAACGAACCCCCCCUCAAAAAACUCCCCCCACCGUUCCCAACAACAAUGGCAAACUCCCUCCUCGCAGUCACCCACGCCCCACCCACUGCAUCCCCCUCCGAAGUCCGCGACGCAAGUAUCAUGGGCUUCCUGUAUGUUGCAGAUGUUGACGUCGAGAAGGGGAAGAUAAGGGUUCUGGCGCCGAUGGGGGGGAGAGUCCCACCUAAAGCGGCAGUUUGGGGGAGGAGGUGGCCUGGGGAGGUUGUGGGAUUGGUUGGGUAA